GCAUGUGUUGUCAUGUUGUCAGAACCCAGGCUGGAAAGAUGUCAACGAUGAGAAUGAAAGCCGUCAAGUGUCCCACGGAAGAACUCAGCUACACCAAUUGUGCUAUUAUUAAUGUGAAUGACUUCUCUCCUGAUGUCAAGCACAUCGAAGUGAUAACUGGACCAAAUCAGCAUUUCAUAUUCUCCGUAAGAUCUCAUCAUGAAAUAUCUCGUGGAACUGUUGGGUUCUCUCUUUUACAACGCAAAUGGGCAACCUUGUCCCUUCUUCAAGAAAUUGAAGUUCGGCCAUACAACUUUAACUCCACAUCCAAUGCAGCCUGUGUCUGCAACAUUGUUCUUGAAGUUGAUUUCUUGAUGAAAAAAGCAACUACCUUAGAGCCCUACGACACUGAUCAAAUGGCCAAGGAUUUUCUUCUUCAGUUCUCAGGACAGGCAUUUACCGUCGGACAGAUGCUACCAUUUCAAUUUCUAGACAAAAAAGUACUUGGAGUAGUCGUAAAAUCCAUAGAGGCCGUCGACUUAUUAACUGCGAGUUCAGGUCAAAAUGUCAAGCCGAAAAACAUUAAAAUUGGUCGUUGUUUGGGUGAUACAGUCAUCCAGUUCGAGAAAGCUGUAAAUUCAACCCUGAAUCUAGUUGGAAAAUCGAUGGGAAAGAUGGUUCGCCAGUCGAUUAUAAAUCCAGAUUGGAACUUCGAAGAUAUGGGAAUUGGAGGCUUGGAUAAAGAAUUCACGGACAUUUUUAGACGAGCUUUCGCAUCCCGACUCUUAUCAGCUGAUAUCGUUGCGAAGCUGAAUUUUAAACACGUGAAAGGAAUUCUGCUUUAUGGCCCGCCAGGAACUGGAAAAACUUUGAUGGCUCGGCAGAUCGGGAAAAUGCUAAACGCGAAGGAACCGAAAAUCGUGAAUGGUCCGCAGAUUUUGGAUAAAUAUGUGGGCGAGAGUGAAGCGAAUGUCCGUAGAUUGUUCGCAGAUGCUGAGGAAGAAGAGAAAAAGCUGGGACCAAACAGUGGCUUGCACAUAAUAAUUUUCGACGAAAUAGACGCAAUUUGUAAAUCGAGAGGUAGUGUGGGUGGAAAUACUGGAGUUCAUGAUACAGUUGUAAACCAGCUGCUUUCAAAAAUCGACGGAGUGGAGCAGCUGAAUAAUAUUCUUGUAAUUGGGAUGACGAACAGACGAGAUAUGAUUGAUGAGGCUUUACUUCGUCCAGGAAGAUUAGAGAUACAACUUGAAAUAAGUCUCCCUGACGAAAAAGGCAGACUUCAGAUUCUAAACAUCCACACUUCAAAAAUGAGGGAUCACAACAAGCUGUCGCCGGAUGUUGAUUUGAAAGAACUAGCAGCCUUGACGAAAAAUUUCAGUGGUGCUGAGAUAGAAGGUUUGGUCAGAGCGGCUCAAAGUACUGCGAUGAAUAAAUUGGUUAAAGUGACAAAUAAAGUGGAAGUAGAUCCGGAAGCUAUGGAGAAGUUUACGGUUAACAGAGGCGAUUUUCUGUACUCGCUGGAAAAUGAUGUUAAACCUGCUUUUGGGACAAACGAUGAUUGUUUGGACAGAUUGCUUUUGAAAGGAAUCAUUACCUGGGGAAAACCAGUCGCUGACAUACUUACAGAAGCGAAUUUCUGCAUAGAACAAAUGCUCGCUGCGGAAGGACCAGCCCUUAUUUCUGUUCUUUUAGAAGGUCCACGAAAAAGUGGAAAAACUGCCCUUGCAGCUCAAAUUGCUAAGAAUACUAACUUUCCGUUUAUUAAAGUUUGCACGUCAGAGGAUAUGAUUGGUUUCUCUGAACCUGCUAAGUGCUCUGGAGUGGAGAAGGUAUUUACAGCAGCCUAUCGUUCACAACUCAGCUGCAUCGUAGUUGAUAACAUCGAACGGUUCCUAGAUUAUGGACCGAUUGGUCCAAAGUAUUCUAAUUUAAUGUUGCAAACUUUAUCAUUGUUAUUAAACAAAAAACCUCCGCGGGACCGGAAGUUGUUGAUUAUAGGAACCACUAGUCGCAAGCAAGUCUUGGAUGAUCUAGAAAUGCUCUCGGAUUUUAAAAUAAUUCUACACGUGCCAAAUUUAUCAUCUCCCAAUGAUCUUCUCUCUGUUUUGGAAGAAGUCGAUCUAUUUUCGAAAGAAGAACUUGCAAAUCUUCAUGCAAAACUUCAAGGCAGAAGAGCCUACAUUGGCAUCGAGGUAUUACUAGAUAUAAUAGACAGAGUCAGAACCGUGGAAACGAAUUAUCGAAUGAUGAAAUUCCUUUCUAAAUUAGAAGAAGAAGGAUAUCUGGAAUAAAAAAUAUUCAAUUCAAGAAUUUAAUUUUAAAAUUAGAACUGAUUUCAUAUUUGUACUCACAAAGAAAAUGUGUAUUCAUUAUGAAUUAUGAAAUUCAGUUUAUAAGUUUUCAAGUCUUGUGUAUAUUUUGAAAAGGCUCUUUUCAUUCCUUUAAUACCGAAGAAAAAUGUAAGUAACAUUAUUUUCAGUGCUUAAUUCAAAAAUGUUUAUAUCAUUUUUGUAAUUCAGCAUUUGUGAGACAACUGUGAAAUUAUAGGAACAUUUCGUAAAUCAUAAUGAUGUAUGAAUUUUCUUUAAAAAGAUGUCAAAAGUCCAAGGUUUAUACCAUUUUUAGAAACGCUACAAAAUGAAUGAGAAAUGACAAUAAUUAGAGAGUACAAAUUUCUUUCUUCUAGAAGAAAGCUGGGAAUGUAAAUUAACAAAUUAAUUAUAAUGUUGAAAAUCAUUCAAAA